GCAACAAUCUAUGUUUGUCAACCGCCAUGAAACUCAGAAGAAGACACUGCAGCGCUUUAAAAAUGGGUCCUGUAUAAUUUAGAUAGCUGGUUAACGGCCCAGUGCUUUUGGGAUUUACUGGACGAAAUCAGGUGAGGGAUGUCAGCAGUGGCGGCCAUUUUCUUGUUCAGGUCCCACAUUCCUCCCAUUAGAACCCGAGUUCUGCUGACGGUGAGGGCCCUGCAGUUCAAGCCCUGCCCCUUCCACUGUGGCCCCUCCCCCAGACUCAGCAACUCCAGGUUCGACCCCGACGGGAGCGGAAAGCCCACCACAUGGGACGCUUUCGGGAUCUGGGACGACCGCAUCGACGAGCCAAUCCUGCUCCCGCCCAGUAUCAAGUACGGCACGCCAAUCCCAAAAGUCAGCCUGGCGCGAGUGGGAGGGGCCUCGCUGCUGGGCCGGCGCUCAGAGAAUGAGGACCGCCUUCGGGCCUCGCAGAUCUCCGACGCCGUGCUCUACUUUGCCGUGUUCGACGGGCAUGGCGGGUCGCAGGCGGCCGACUUCUGCCACAAGUACCUGGAGACCUACGUCAGAGAUCUAGUGGCAAAGGAGGAAGAUCUUGAGUUGGUUUUAUCUAAAGCAUUCCAUGAAAUUGACAAAGCCCUGGCAACACAAUUAAACAUUUCUCCUGAUGCAACCCUGGCCACUGCGGGCAGUACAGCCACGGUGGCUCUUCUGAGGGACGGUAUCGAGCUGGCGGUGGGCAGCGUGGGGGACAGCCGGGCCCUGCUCUGCCGCAAGGGCAAGGCCAUCAAACUGACCAUGGACCACACCCCCGAGAGGAAGGACGAGAGAGAGAGAGUUAAGAGCAGCGGGGGCUCCGUGACCUGGAACAGUCUGGGGCAGCCGCACGUGAACGGGAGGCUGGCCAUGACGAGGAGCAUCGGAGACUUCGACCUGAAGAACUCCGGGGUCAUCGCCGAACCGGAGACCAAGAGGAUUUCGGUGCUGCUGGAAAAGGAAAUCAGCAUCUCCAUAAAGCUUGUCUGCAGACGGAAGCAUGAAGUGCUCUAAAAUCUCCAGGUAGACGACUGCGUUGACUCUGGACUUGACAAAACACAGUGGACCAACACCAGCAGAUGACGUGGCACCCCAAAUCAUCAACACUUCUGGACAGGUCUUUGCGUGGUGGCUCUUGAUGGACUCCAGCCUCAGUCCACUCUUUGUGAAGCUCACCCAAGUUCUUGAAUCGGCUUUGCUUAACAAUCCUCACAAGGCUGCGUUCAUCCCUGUUGCUUGUGCACUUUUUCCUACCACACUUUUCCCUUCCAGCCAACUUUCCAUGUAUAUGCUUUUGAUACAGCACUCUGCGAACAGCCAGCUCUUUCAGCAAUGACCUUCUGUGGCUUACCUUCCUUGUGUAGGGUGUCAAUGAGUGUCUUCUGGACAACUGCCAAGUCAGCAGUCUUUCCCAUGAUUGACUGACCAAGUGUUGACAUUUCUGUAUUAUAAAUCCUUUUUUUGAUUAGUCUUAUGUAAUCUAAUAUUUUUAUUGGAUUUUCAUGAGCUAUAAGCCAUAAUAAACAAAAGAAGGCUUGAAAUAUUUCACUUUAUGUCUAAUAAAUGUAGAAUAUAUGAAAGUUUCACUUAAAAUUAGACGAAAAAAAAAGACCUUUUCCACGAUAUUCAAAUUUUUUGAGAUGCACCUAACAUGUUGGCACCAGACACCACAGGUCACCUCUGCAGGUCAGGGCUGGGGCGUCAUGUGAAUGACCAACAGCAUAUUGGGCAGGUGGUCAUAAAGUUUCGGCUCAUUGGUGUAUAUACAUACACACAAACACACAUAAUACUGCUGAAUUUAUUUAAUACAAGCUAAAUGAAAUAUAAAUAGCAAAAUAAAUGCUAAUUAAUGCAAGUUAAUGUUGCUUAAUCGCAAACAAAUAAUAGACGUGGUUGCCUCGUCGAUAUACCAAUUUAUAUACAGUUUUAUACUGAUUUAUUCCCGGAGACCUCAUUCUAGGGCUGUGUCUAAAUCAGUGCACUUGCUGACAAUUGAGUAUAUAGGGUCAGUGAGCGCUUUAUUAGACAUAUGACUUAUUCUUUAGACAUCUGCUGCUGUAGCCUAUCCACUUAAGAGGUUUGACAUGUUGUGUGUUCAGAGAUGCUCUUCUGCAUAACACUGUUGGAAUGUGUGGCUAUUUGCGUUACUGUCACGUUCCUGUAAGCUUCAACCAGUCUGACCAUUCUCCUCUGACGUCUCUCAUUAAGGCGUUUCGGCCUGCAGAACUGCUGCUCACUGGAUGCUUUUUGUUUUUCUCUGCCAACUCUAGAAACUGGUGUGUGUGAAAAUCCCUGGAGAUCAGCAGUUUCUGAGUUACUCAAACCACCCUUCCACGGUCAAAAUCAUGUCCCAAUCUGGCAUUUGGUCUGAAAAACAGCUGAACUGCUGACUAUGUCUGCUUGAAUUUAUGCAUUUAGUUGCUGCCAUAUGAUUGACUGAUUAAAUAUUUGCAUUAACAAGCUAGUGUGCAGGUUUAGGUAAUAAAAUGGUCACUGAGUGUAUAUUGUGCUGUCGCAGUUCCACCCUCCAUCCUGCAGAGGGCACUCUAACAAACUACUUUUUUCAGAUUCAUCAUGCCCAUGAUGCCUUCCUGGCUCUCACUACAGAUGGGAUCAACUUCAUCAUGAACUGCCAGGAGAUCUGUGAUGUCAUCAGUCAGUGCCACGACCCUAAAGAAGCAGCCCAGCGCCUCACUG